GAGGGGAGGGGCGGGGCGGAAACGCGUCUGAAUCUGGGCUUCGCCGCGACCCGUAGCCGGCGUUCCCAACAACAUGGCGGCCCCCCUGGAUGUCCACGUCCGUAUCUGCAACCAGGAGAUCGUCAGGUUCGACCUGGAGGUGAAGGCGCUGAUCCAGGAUAUUCGUGAUUGUUCCGGACCCUUGAGUGCUCUUACUGAACUGAACACAAAAGUCAAAGAGAAGUUCCAGCAGCUACGGCACAGAAUACAGGAGCUGGAGCAGUCGGCUAAGGAACAAGACAAGGAGUCAGAGAAACAUAUGCUGCUGCAGGAGGUGGAGAACCACAAAAAGCAGAUGCUCAGCAAUCAGACCUCAUGGAGGAAAGCCAAUCUCACCUGCAAAAUUGCCAUCGACAACCUAGAGAAAGCGGAGCUGCUCCAAGGAGGAGAUCUGCUGAGGCAAAGGAAAACCACCAAAGAGAGCCUGGCCCAGACUUCCAGCACCAUCACUGAGAGCCUCAUGGGUAUCAGUAGGAUGAUGUCACAGCAGGUGCAGCAGAGCGAGGAGGCCGUGCACACGCUGGUCAACUCUUCUCGAACCAUCCUGGAUGCAAAUGAAGAAUUCAAGUCCAUGUCGGGGACCAUCCAGCUGGGCCGGAAGCUCAUCACCAAAUACAACCGCCGCGAACUGACGGACAAACUCCUCAUCUUCCUCGCCCUGGCCCUUUUCCUCGCCACGGUCCUGUACAUUGUGAAAAAGCGCCUGUUCCCGUUUCUGUGAUAGCUCUUGGCCCUUAUGCGCCCAGGCGCCCUCGGCUGAUCCAGGCCACCCGAUGGAGCCCCAGGGAGCCCCAGGCCGUCCCGCCGUGCUCCCAGCGUCACGCGAGAUGGGGACCCACGCUCACCCACCUGCAGACCCCUGGGGGGCUGCCCCUUAAACAGGCCCUAAAAAGGCCAGAUCUGGGGGCU